AUGGCUACCGAUGAAACCACCGAUCCUCGACUCGCCAUUCUCCAAGACCUAUUCAGCGACAGCAUCUCAGCACAGAAUUCCGCCGAGCACCUAGCUUCAAUCUCGCUGGCAGACGAAGCAGAACCAGAAGAAGGCAUCACCAGCCUCUGGAAAUUGAUCAUUAAAUGCGCAUACGAAUCCCCAGAACAACAUGACAAGCUGGUCGAAGUCCUAGUCCAGCUCUCGAAACUCCCGGACGCAAAAUCAUCAACUGGGGAGCCAAUCCUGCGUCAUGGGAAGCAAGUCUGGAAAGAACUACCAACGCUUGGCUGGCAAUUCCGCGACGAAUGGAAUAAAAACGUUCCAGCAGGCCCACUGGACCGUCGACAGAGCGCGGUUUCGCAAAUUAUCAACCGGGACAGAUUUGUCGCGCAUUUGAUGGCGACGGAGGAACCUAUUUUUGCGUACUCGUGGUUUGCGCUGAUUACGUUGCGCGAGGCAUUGGAGACGCCAGUGGAAGAGAUAGCACCUGAGAGCUUGGAAGCGUGGGUUCCUGCUGCGGUUGCGUGGAUCAGUAUUCUCGGGAAAGAGAUUUAUGAGUGGAAUGAGGAAUUUGAUGGUGCUUUGGGGAGGGGUGGUCCGCUUUGGGGAGGGAAAUAUGGGUUCUCGAAGGAGAGAUGGCAGUUUUGGAGAGAGAGAUUUGAGUAUUUGAGUAGCACUGAGCUUGUGAGCGGAGAUGAACUGAAGACAUCAGCCAGUGAGGCUGUGUUGAUGAUGCAGAGGAUUGAGAAAUGA